AUGUCAUCUCGACAAGUUGACACCCCCCGGCCGGAGGAAGAGACACCUUCAAACCAGGUAGGCAAAAGCCUGUGCGAUGCAGUGAUGAGCCAGAAUCUGAGCAAGCUUGCAAAAUCAAAUCACACCCUCUCCCGCUUCAUCACAGAAGAUGUAUGGGGCAAGCUCGCAACGAACUCUCUGAUCGGAGACAGGGAGUGGUGCCUCGUGGCCAUCAUGGCAUCUAUGUCCGUUGGCAGCGAUGCUGCCGACCAACUAGCAACGUACAUCGCGAUGGCCCUUCGUCAUGGAGUGACCGAGGUAGAGAUACAAGACCUUGUCGCUCAGGCAGGGGUAUUCUAUAGCCUUCCUAAAACCAUUGCUGCCCAGCAACGUGUGGACGAGAUACUGCUCGCGCUUGACCAUCUCCCACGGCUGCCACGAAAUUAUCUAGAGAGACAACUAUGGCUCGGCGAUCAUCACACGAUGAUCUGUGACUCGAACCCGACCGACAACACGUCUGUUCCCAUAAUUCUAGUCCACGCAUUGGGUCUCGACCGAAGAAUGUGGCACCAGGUCUUUUUACAGAUAUCAUACAGUAGCCCUUCUGUGCGAUUGAUAUCGUACGAUCUCCGCGGACAUGGACACGCACGUUCAGCUCCACAGGUCACCUCGCUCGACCACCUCGCUGACGAUCUCGCGACUCUCCUCUCCGCCCUGAAUAUCACCACAGCAGACAUAUAUGGCCAGUCCUACGGUGGCGCAGUAGUUCAGUAUUUCGGGCUUCGCUAUGCCAGCAUCCCACGCUCCCUUGGUCUCGUCACCACCGCUGCAGAAGGGCAGGCCAGCUGGGUCGAGCGCGCGACUCGCGCUGAAACGGCGGGGUCAGUGUCACCUCUUCUCCCCGAGACGAUCAUCCGCUGGUUCACGCCACAGGCGAUUGCACGGAACGAAUGGGGCGUGCGCUACGCCCGUGCCUGCGUCGAACGCAUCUCGGUUCAAAACUGGGCAAGUGCAUGGCGAGCAAUGAGCGGACUCGACACGCUGUCUCGGCUGAGGGAGAUCCAGGUGCCUAUCCACAUCAUCUGCGGCAAGCAAGAUGCGAGCACGGGGCCGAAGUGGAUGACCAAGCUGAGGGAUGCUUGUGGACUGGGUCGUGCUACCUAUGCAGAACUCGAUCCUGGUGUGCAUAUGAUGGCCCUGGAGCAAGGGAUAGCACUCGCUGAAGAGAUUUUACGCUUCAGAGAAGGUCUUGGAGAUUAG